UAGAAGUCGUACUUCCACGUAGUUCAUCGCAGCCUGAUCAGCUGAAACUGUUACGACACCAAUAUCUCUGUAGUUAGUAAUUGCUGCGGAAUGGCUGCUCUAGCACGAUCCAAACGAGUUGUUGAAUUAAAAUGUGCAGUGCAGUGUUAUGCCUGGGGUAAGAUUGGGUUAAACAGCACAGUUGCCCAGCUUGCUCUGAACAGUCCCUCAUUUCAGCUUGAGGAGGAUAAACCAUAUUCUGAGUUUUGGAUGGGAACACAUCCAAAUGGUCCAUCAAAAGUGUUGGAGGAAGAAAAGGAACUGCUGUUAUCUGAGUGGAUUGAUGCAAAUGUAGAUGUCCUAGGAAACAAAGUUAAAGAGACUUUUGAUGACAAAUUACCUUUCUUGUUUAAAGUGCUAUCCAUUAAUAAGGCAUUAUCAAUUCAAGCACAUCCUGACAAACCUCAUGCAGAAUUUCUUCAUGAUAAAAGGCCAGAAAUAUACAAGGACCCGAAUCACAAACCAGAGAUGGCAAUUGCACUGACCCCAUUUGAAGGCCUGUGUGGUUUUCGUCCUCUUGAUGAGAUGCAGGAGUUUGUAAAGACAAUACCAGAACUUGCUGCUGUCAUUGGACAGGAAGCCACUACUGCUUUGAUCACCGGCACAGAUCCUUUAGCACUUAUGAAAGCUUUUACUGCCCUCAUGACAAGCAACCAAGAUGCCAUCAGUGAGCAGCUAAAUAAGCUAUUGUUAAAACUCCAAGAAAGGAAAUCAGCAGGCCAUGACAUCUCUGACCAGUGUGGGGAGCUUCUAUUCAGAUUGAACAGCCAGUUUCCUGGAGAUGUUGGUUGUUUUUGUAUUUAUUUCCUUAAUCACAUCAUUCUUCAACCUGGGCAAGCAAUGUUCCUUGGUCCCAAUCUGCCUCAUGCAUAUCUAGCUGGUGACUGCAUGGAAUGUAUGGCGUGCAGUGAUAAUGUUGUACGAGCUGGACUAACACCAAAGUUUAAGGAUGUUGACACUCUCUGUGAGAUGCUAGAGUAUAAGUGUGGUUCUAAGGAAGAGAAUAUUUUCCCAUGUCAUCAAGAUCCAACUGAUUCAUAUGUCACAAUUUACGAUCCUCCUGUGUCAGACUUUGCUGUUGCAAGAAUUCAGAUACCUGCAAGUUGUCCCUCAUACAAGAUCAAAGGAUUAAGUGGACCCAGUAUUGCUGUGCUGAUAUCUGGUUCCGGUGUUGUGGAAAAUGCUGCUUCGAAUAUUCUCUUGAAACGAGGAACUGUACUUUUUAUUCCAGCAAACACAACCUUUGAUUUAAAAUGUAGACAAGAAGACAUGGAAAUAUACCGUGCUUAUUGUGUGUUGUAAAUAUAUCAAACAGCUAACAGUCCAGUUUAAUUAAUUUUUAUUUUUUUCAGUUUUUAUUGUUCCAAGGGACAAAAUAGAGGUUUCUGUAAUAUUCAUUAGGUAUUGUUCAUCAUCACUCUGAUUAUUUUUAAACUUCAAGAAAGUGAAUGGUCAUGACGGAACAGAUACUUCAAAAUCAGGUUUCCGAGUUAGGACUGGAACUGAAUAAGUUAUUUUUUCAGUAAACAAUUGGGUAAAUAAUUUAUUUAGUUCCAGUCCUUACUCUGAAACCUGAUUUUGGUCAUGACCAAAAAUGAAUGGUUUAAAUUUAAAAUUUGAGGAAGUAGGCAAAUAUGAAAAUUCUUUAUUUAUUCUUCUAUUUAGAUUUAACUUUAAAGGUAAACAAUCUUGUUUUGUCCAAUAUAACAAGCUCUGAAUUGAACAAAUUGAUUGAGAAUAAAAAAGUUGACUUCUA